AUGGGACACGCGUUAACAUGGGAGUACAGCGAGGAGUCAGAGACCGACGAGAUGGUCGCCCGCUGCACCUACUGCGGGCGUUUCUGCAACACUCGAGCCAUUCAUGGCAAGACAGGUCUCUGCUAUCCGUGCAGAGACACCCUCCGCAAGGAGGGAGACGAGAGGGCCCAGGAAACGGACUCUGACGAGGAGAGCGCCUCCUCGGGCAAACCGGCCCAAGAGUGCGAGAAGCCCCGCAAGGGCGAAAAGUCUGCCACGGCUGAGGCAGACGAAGACUCCCAGUCAGCCAAGUCAGAGGAGUUGACGGUCCGGAGCAAUGUCUGCUCGAGAUGCUGGGCGGCCGAGGCGACUGGCACGCUUUACAAUUCUCCAGUCUGCGAUGACUGCUACGACAUCGCACAGGCCAAUCGUAGGAAACGCUGCGAACAUCGUCGAGUAGUCGAUGCCAGUGACCCGGCCGCCCAUUGUCGCAAGAGAGGGAGGAAGCGGAAAUGCGAGGAUAUCAGCGAAGACAAGAGUGGGAACGAAAGCCCCAAGGCCUCUGCAAGCAGGGAAGACGAGCAAGAAGUCAUCAUCGUCGACGAUCCUGAAGAACAACCCGGCUGCUCUGACGAUAGCAUGAACCACGCCAUCAAGGAGUCACUGGACAACGUAUACAAGAAGGAACUGUUGAGACUCGAAGCCAUCGUGCAUGAGAAGAUUAACGAAGCUAACAAGGCCAUGGAUGACCUUCGUGCGCAUGUGAGCGGGUGGUUGGAGCAUGUUACGAAGGGCAACUCUCUGGGUGGACCAGUACAGGAGCAGCCAGCCAUCCAAGAAGAGAGUGUUUGA